AUGUCGACCAACAAAGACAUCUACUCUGCUACCUACAGCAAUGUGCCCGUUUACGAGCUCAAGAUUGGCACCGACCACGUCAUGCGCCGUCGCUCUGAUGACUGGGUCAAUGCCACUCACAUCCUCAAGAUCGCCGGCUUCGAUAAACCUGCAAGAACAAGAAUUCUCGAAAGAGAAGUGCAGAAGGGUGUCCACGAGAAAAUCCAGGGCGGCUAUGGGAAAUACCAGGGCACAUGGAUUCCUCUCACAGAAGGCCGCAUGUUGGCAGAGAAACACGGCAUCUUGAGUCGCAUCACUCCCAUCUUCGACUACGUUCCCGGCGACCGAAGCCCACCUCCUGCGCCAAAGCACACCACUGCUGCGUCGAAUCGGCCGAAACAAAACAAGCCCGCUGCGCCAAAGAAGGUGGUAGCACAACCAGUUCAAGCGUACCAACCCGUCGAGAGUUUCGAAACAGGCAGCACUCAGUACCACGAGAGUAGAGAUCCUACACCAGAGACUGCCUCGUUCAUGGCCGACGAGGACUUCAUGCAACUCUCUCAGAACUCUGCGGCAUCGAGGAAGCGGAAACAGCGUGACUUCGAGGAUCAAUCUGCCACUCAUGCCACUGAUCUAGAACACACCAUGUACGGCGAUGAGUUACUGGACUAUUUCGUCACGGCCGGUGACGACCCUGCGUCCUCCAACAUUCUUCCACCGGAACCACCUGCGAAUUUUUCGGUUGACAGACCCAUCGACAACUUGGGAAAUAAUGCUCUACACUGGGCUUGUGCCAUGGGUGAUGUGCAAAUCGCCCGCGAUCUGCUGGCAAGAGGUGCGAAUCCCGCGGCUCCGAACACCAGCGGUGGAGAGACCCCUUUGAUUCGAGCCGUCUUGUUCACCAACAACUACGACAAGCGCACGUUUCCGAAGAUUGUCCAAGCUCUCUCUGGCACAAUUGUUGAAAGAGAUUGGCACGGCGCCACUGUAUUCCACCACAUUGCCGAGUCGUCACGUUUGAGAGGCAAAUGGAGCUGUGCUCGAUACUAUUGCGAAGUGUUGAUCAACAAGAUGCAGGAAAUGGGAUCCAAUUACGUUCACGCCCUGUUGACGUCCAUCGAUGUCAACCACGACACUGCAGCUCUGUGCGCUAUCCGCAAUGGAUGUGUCAAGGUCGCCACGUUUCUUCUUAAUCACUGUCCCGAAGCUGGCGAGAUCCCCAACUUGAAACAGGAGACUGCCAAUGAUUUUCUCAGAGCGCUCCGUGAGAAAAAAGAGAGCCUGCAGCAACCGGGUUCUUCUCCCCCCAGAACCGGCGAGUCUUUCACUGCUAAACAAGCUCGACGCAAGCGCCAGAAAGAUGCCGUCUCACGAGCCGCGUCCCUCGUUCUUGAUAAGAUCGGUCCUCUCAUGGACGAAGGCAGUUACAAGCUGGCAGAGAUGUAUGACUCUCAGAUGAAGGAGAAGGACACGGAGAUUGCCGAAGCUAAGCAGGCUUUGUCUGAUUUUGAAGCUCAGCGACACAAGAUCCGGCAGGAGACUUUCACUCUGAUGGCCAAGGCGGAAGAUGCAUCCAAGAUUCCCGCGUUGCGACAGCAGUACGACGCCUGCUUGAAUGAGAUUCAGUCCCUUCUUGAACAGAAAGAACACGGUACACUCCAACAGGAGAUCUUCCAACAAGAUCAACAGAUCAACCCGCAGGCAUUCAGGUUUACGAAUCCUCAACCUCUGUCAGCUGAUGAGAUGCGCGCGUCCUUGCCUUGGGCGAUCGAACUCAAUCAGCAGCAGGCCAUGAGGAAGUAUUGGAUCUCAGAGAUUGCGAAGCUUAUGGGCGAGGCUGGAACAGGUGAGAAGGUUGGAAAGCACCGUAAGUUGGUGGCUAUUGCAACAGGUAUGAAAGAGGAUGAAUUGGACAGCAUGUCUGAAGAGCUGCUGGAGAACUUGCAAGCUAGUUCAGGCGCAAACCCUGAGACCCCUCCCACCAUGAUCCAGACCUAG